AUCCCCGCACAUGCUCAUCUAGUUUCUACAACCCUUUUUCUACCAUCAGCCACCGAGGCUGCUCACUGUUCUUGUUACGUCUCUGCACCGUCCUUGCUUGCCCUUCCCCUCUUUCCAGCCAUCCUUUCCCACCUUUAGCUCGCACUGGCCAUUUGGUCCAUCCCGUACAUUUAAAUACGGUUAGCAAGGAUGCCCUUUGCCUCUUUCAUCCAUAGGGAUGAGAGUGUGGCCCAGCAAGUUAUCCAAGAGAUGCUGCCGAUGCAAGACAUUCACGACGUUCUCAACGAUUUGCAUUCGUCACAGAGCAGCAACGAACAGGAAAUGAGAAUGCACAUCCUUCAGCUCAGGACGAUGAUGAAGAGUCUCAUAAACAUGGCAGAAGUGGCAUGCCAUGAAGUUGAGAGGCGUUGCCAAGCUCUGCAUGAUCUGCGGAGUUCAACCUCAGCAGAUUCAAUAACAAACAAAAGUUUUCAGAACAAGGAUGAAGGCGAACGACAUGUUUACGACCCUGAAGUUUCAGAAUUAUUUCCCAACUUCAUCUCCUUCAACUCAGAUUCAAGUCCUAUACCCUACCUGCAAACUAUUCAGAGUCUCGUUCGAUCCAACCAGCUCGGAGAACACUGGGACCUUCUGCAGGACAAUGUGAAGCGAAGAGGAUUCAAUACGACUAUAGGAAUUCGCCUUGCAAUG